AUGUCUGAUACGCUCCUUCUCAGUCGUCAAUUUAGUGUGUUUGGUGCCAAUGAGACUCAUCAUAUUGAAAACUGCAAGCUUUUGAUCAUUGGUUGUAAUGGAUUAGGCAAUGAAGUUGCCAAGAACUUGAUCAUGGCAGGUGUGAAGAAUGUUACUCUAUUCGAUCCGAAGGGUGUAGAAUGGAGAGAUUUAUCAGGUCUUACAUUUGUUGGUUCGAUUACAAUGAAAACCAGAGCCAAGAUCGUAAUGGAUUAUUUGAAAGAUCUUGCUCCCAAAACAAACAUCAAGGAAUCAACUGCAAAGACUUUUUCUGCAUUAUGUCAAGAAAGUUAUCUCAGAGAAUUCACUUUUGUUGUUUGUUGUGGUUAUCCUCUUUCUUUGAAUUCUAAACUUAACGAAACUUGCAGAAAGGUCGGUAUACCUUUCCUUUGCUGUGAUUCAAAGGGAGUUUUGAGUUAUGUUUUUGAAGAUUUGGGUGAAAAUUAUACCUACAUUGUUGAUGAUGGUAAAACAAAUUAUGACACCUCAAUUCCUAUUGUUUCCAUUCAAAAAGUUGAGAAUUCUGAUAACAAAUAUCAAAUUAUGUGUACUUCUACCUUGAGUGAUGGGGUUCUUGUUUCAUUCCAUCAAAUUGUUAACAAAUCAAUGGGUGAGGUCAGUGUUGAGGCAAAGAAUGACAAGUCAAUUGAAACUUCUGAGCAUCUUAAAGAAGAAUCUAUUGAUAAGGCUGCAACAACGUCUUCUGCCCCUGAAGUGAGUAAUGAAGGGGAAGUUGAAACUGAAAAGCAAGAAAACAUUCCACUUGAACAAACAAAACAAAACGAAUCCAAUAUGAAUCCUCAAAAUUCCCAAGUCGAAGAAGAGAAACCAUUGGAAGAAUUGAUUAAUCAUUCCAAGGACAGUUUCUUUUACAAUAGAAGAAAGCCAAUUGACAAUUUACAACUAAUGUGCUUGAAAGUAUAUGAUAUCUUUGUUCAAGAAAAUGGACGUUCUCCACUUCCAUGGAACACUAAAGAUUGUACUCAAUGCAAGGAUUUAUCAAUUCAGCUUAUCAAUUCCUAUAUUAAUAAUGAUAUCGUUGAAGACCUCAAAGCAAAUAUUGCACCAUUGAAUGCCAUGGUUGGUGGUCUAGUUGCCCAAGAAACCUUGAAAUCCAUCUCCAGAAAGUACACUCCUCUCAAAGAUGAUCGAGCCCUUAAUCAAUUCCUUUUCAUUGACAACUUUAAUUUGGGUGAUACUUUGGAAGAAUCAAUAAUGAAGGAAAAUGUUCAAAAUCUUAGAGGAACAAUCUAUGAAGGUGUUUCCCCACUUCUUACUGAGAGGGCAAUUUCACAUUUGAACGGAAUGAAUGUUCUUGUGGCUGGUGCAGGUGCUGUUGGUUGUGAGGUUUUGAAAAAUCUCUCUUCCAUGAUGGUGAGCACAAACAAGAACUCUUCGAUUCAUGUAGUUGACUAUGAUCGUGUUGCUCCUUCAAAUCUCCACAGACAAAUUUUAUUUAGAGAUUCAGAUGCCAAAUUAAUGGAAUUUAAGGCUAUUGCUGCGAGUAGAAAGCUCAAGCAAAUGAAUCCAGAUUUGAAUUUGAUUGCCAAAACUGAGAAAUUAUGCUAUGAGAGUGAAGAGACUGAAUUUCCUGAACAAUUCUGGCAGAAUGUCAAUGUCAUCUUUUCAUGUGUUGAUAGCAAGGAUGCAAGAGGUUAUUUAAGCGAUAAAGCUCAAAUCCUUCACAUUCCCAUGAUUGAAGGUGGUACUGAGGGAUCUAAAGGUUCCUCUCUCAUCAUUCACGAACAAGUUGCAGGUUAUGGAUCCUACAUGAAUCUGAAUGCUUCAAGAGAGGAGGAAGUUGUAAUCAAUAAUGCAUGUAUUCCAUCCUUUGCAAUUUAUAAACCAGAGCAAGCCAUAAGAAAGGCAGUAGAACUUUUCACAUGGUUCUUUAAGGAAAAUGUUGAAGUUGUGAAUUUGCUUGGCAAACAUGAUCUUUCUGAUGAGAAGGUUAAAGAAAAUUAUGAAAUGUAUAGAGAUGGUCUUGAGAAACCAGAAAAAAUGUCCAGACAACUCUUUAAUAUAUUGUUUGAGGAACAAAUUAAUGAAGCUGCUGCCAAAUAUAAUGAAAUCAAUGAGAAGGAUGAUGUCAAAUUAUUGUUGAGAAAACCACCCAUUCAAGAAAAAUUCAAUGCUCAUGACGAAUCCCAUUUAAGAUUCCUCAAAGCAUCCAAUGCUAUCAUUAAGGAAUUUAAAAUCAAAAAGAAAAAGCUCACACCUAUCCAUUUUGAGAAAGAUGAGGAUUCUCAUUUGGAAUGGAUUGUUUCCUGCUCUAUUCUAUUGUCCAAAUGUUAUGGAAUAUUCCAUAAUGGAGAGAGAGAAUUUGUUAGAAGAGUUGCUGGACAAAUUAUCCCUGCCAUCAUUACAACCACUUCAAUGGUCUCAGGUUUCAUGUGUCUCAAUUUGUUCAAGUAUGUCCAGACUGGAUAUAAGAAUCUCAGUAAUUUGGAUUUUAAUACUGCAAGUAAUGGAUAUAGUUUCCAUCAUUGUGUUCAAAAACUGAAGAGUCCAGUCCCUGGAAAGUUAAUUUCCAACUUUGAAACAGUUUCAGAUUUUGUAAUUUAUCCUUCCACAACAAUUACUGAAUGGGUUGACUUUGUAAAGAGAAAGUAUGAAAUUGGAGUUGAAAAGAUAACAAUCUAUCCAAAGUUUGAUGUUUAUGACUUUGGAUCUCUUCCAUGGGGUGAAACAUUUUAUGAAACUUUCAGCAAGAAUAGAACAAUGCAAAAGAAAGAAUGGAUUACCCUCAUCAGUGAGACAUACAUUGAUGGUUUUCCAUACAGUUUCAAAACUCAAGUCAGAGUUUCUGUUCCACUCAAACUGCAAAAUGUUGAAGGAUCGUGUUAUUUGAAUUCUGCAUUGCAAGUUUUGCAUUCAUGUCAUGAAUUUGUUGAGCAAUUGAGAAAUAGCUCACCAACAACACCUGUUGCAAAGGUUUUGAAAUCUGUUUUUGAGGAUAACUUUUCAAGAUCCAAAAUUAAUGAACUCAGACGAUUGACAAACAGAUCAGACAAAUAUUCAGGAGAUACACCAAAAUAUGUGAGAUCAAUUUUUACUGAAAUUUUAGGAGAGGAAGAAAUUGAUAGUGAACUCAUCGAUUGUAAACUGGUUGACUAUUUCAGUUGGAAAUCUCCUCAAAUUUGUGAUGUUUGUGAAGAGUGUCAACAGUCUAUUAGAGGACCUAUCAGACCCAUUUCCUCUCAAGUUCUUCUACUUCAAGGAAAUCCAAAAGUUUCCACUGAACAAUUACUGAACAAUAGUUUCUGUUUCGAUUCCAAUAACAAGUGUCAAUGUGGAGGUAAAAUUUUCAGACACAAAAUAUUCCAAUCCUGCCCAGAAUAUCUUCUCUGUGAAAUUGAAAAUCCACAACAAAAGUGGAUUCCAAACAAUUCUAUCGAAACCAAAGUUUAUAUUGAAACAGUUGACUGUACUUAUGAACUAGUUGGUGGAGCCAUUUAUAGUGGAAAUAGAAGUGGUGGACAUUGGAGAGCCUACUCAAAACAAGCUUAUGGUUGGUUUAGUUGUGAUGAUUCAAUGGUUUCCUAUAUUGGAACAACUAUUCCAAGUUCAUACUUGUUAGGAAGUGCCUUUGUGGCAUAUAAGAAAGUUGGCAAUGAUCCAACAAAUGAAGAUGAAAUGGUUGAUGAAUAAACUAAUGUACAAUUUAUUG